AAACAACAUAACCUUACUUUUUUUUCAAUUUUUUCAUUUCCAAGAUAAAAUUCCAUUUAUUUGUUAAUAACAAUUGAAAGAUAAUUACUAAAUAAAUAGAAAUUCAGUGUUUAUUUUCCUUUUAUCUUAUCUGUUAUCACAGAUCCUCCGUCACGACGUCACGAGGCGGUUUUUAUUAAACGUAGGCAGUUGUGCUCCAUUUUUUAUUGUUAAUUAAUUAAUUAGUGAAAAAUAAUUAAAAUGAAUCUUUCGUGCAGCAGCAAAAUGAUUAAAUAUUUGAUGUUCGGCUUUAAUCUAUUUUUUGUUAUAUCCGGUAUAAUCAUUAUAGCAGUUGGCGCAGCGGUAAAGACCGUCUACACCGAGUAUAGCCAAUUCCUGGACGGGAAAUAUUUCUCGUUGCCUAACAUGUUGAUAGCCACUGGCGCCCUGAUCUUCAUGAUCUCGUUUUUCGGCUGCUGCGGAGCCUUAAAAGAAAGCUGGAUAAUGCUGGGAAUUUUUUCCAUUUUACUGUUUAUAAUUUUCGUAUUCGAGUUCGCUUCGGGUAUUGCCGGGUACGUACUAAAAGGCAAAACGGCUGAUUACCUGGAUUCCACCUUGCGAGCAAAUUUGCUCGUUUACAACCAGACUCACGACGUUUGGGACUUAAUUCAGACCACUUUUCAAUGUUGCGGCGUUGACAACUACCACGACUGGCAAGGUCACCUGAACGGCACCUACGACCUGCCACUGUCCUGUUGUCCGACGGUCAGUGGCGUAACAGCGGCGUUUUACUGCAACAGCCGCAACGACACCACAAUAAGUACGACAACUUCAGUAUUAAGUACUACAAGUACAGAUUCAAGUACGGCGACUACGACAGUGUCAAGUACUACUACGACAACUUUAGCUACGACACCGACAACGAAAAAUACUUCUGAGACUUCUGAGUCUACUCCUACUAGUCCUACUACUCCUAGUUCAACAACCCCAAAGCUCGAACCCUCAUCUUCUGACCCCAAUGUUAGACGUAAACGAGCCCUAAUCGACGAAAAUUCUACCCCCCACCCGUCCACUUCUCCCCCUUACGCGGCCGGUUGUAAAGCGGCCUUUGGCGAUUACGUGAAAAAACACGCCGUCCAAAUUGGCGGCUGCGCAUUGGGUCUCGCGGUUGUGCAGAUUUUAGGUAUUGCGUUUUCGUGCCAUCUGGUACGUCAAUUGAAGAACGGAUACUAUAGUACUUAAUUUGAUUAAUUGAUUGAUUAAUUUGAAUAAUUGAUUAAUUUGAUUAAAUUGAUUAAUUGAUUGAUUAAUUUGAUUAAUUGAUUGAUUAAUUUGAUUAAUUGAUUUGAUUAAUUGAUUGAUUAAUUUGAUUAAUUGAUUGAUUUGAUUAAAUUGAUUAAUUGAUUGAUUAAUUUGAUUGAUUUGAUUAAUUGAUUAAUUUGAUUAAUUGAUUGAUUAAUUUGAUUAAUUGAUUAAUUUGAUUGAUUUGAUUAAUUGAUUGAUUAAUUUGAUUAAUUGAUUAGUUGAUUGAUUUGAUUAAUCGAUUGAUUAAUUUGAUUAAUUGAUUGAUUUGAUUAAUUGAUUAAUUUGAUCAAUUGAUUGAUUAAUUUGAUUGAUUGAUUAAGAAGCCAUAUUUUUAUAUUCCUUUUAUUAUAAUAAUUAUUGUUAUGUUUGGGACGUUAUAAAUAAAAUAUACAGUUUAAUCACUCAUUGAGUGUAAUUUUGGCGGGAAAUUUGAAUUUUUUUUCAAAAUUACCCUUUUCCCUACUGAUUGAUUUGAUUUGAUUAAUGAUUGAUUGAUUUUUUCAAAAUUCACACUCUUACAUUUUAAUUUUUUCCUGGAAAACUGACAAAGAGAAAAUUGUGAAAUUUUACAAGGAGAAAGAGGAAAGUCAGGAGCUCAUUAUAGGAAAAUUUCAAAAUUUUCCAAUGAAAAAUGACUCCAGGAAAAAUUCCAGAAUAUUGACUUUUAUAGGCAAAAUUAUGGAAAAUACACUCUUUUACAUUUUAAUUUUUUCCUGGGAAACUGGCAAAGGGAAAAUUUUGAAAUUUUUCCAGUAGAGAGAGGAAAGUGUGGAGCUCAUUAUAGGAAAAAUUCAAAAUUUUCCAAUGGAAAAUGACUGCAGGAAAAAUUCUAGAAAAUUGACUUAUUUAAGCAAAAUUAGGAAAAAUUCACCUCUUGCAUUUUAAUUUUUUCCUGGAAAACUUGCAAAAGGAAAAUUUUGAAAUUUUUCCAGGAGAGAGAGGAAAGUGUGGAACACAUUAUAGGAAAAUUUCAAAAUUUUCCAAUGAAAAAUGACUCCAGGAAAAAUUCCAGAAUAUUGACUUUUAUAGGCAAAAUUAUGGAAAAUACACUCUUUUACAUUUUAAUUUUUUCCUGGGAAACUGGC